AUGAUGCAGCAGGCUGGCAAAACAGGCACUGGCAACCACAUCAGCAGUGAAGAUGACAACAGCAAGGUAAAUACAGAAUUUCCUCGUGCUGUGGAUUCCACUAACUUCUCAACAAAAUUGGUGACAGAGUUUAUCAUAUUUGGCUUUCCCAAUUUUCAAAGUCUUAGUACUCUUCUUUUUUGUGUUUUUCUCUUUAUCUACCUUUUCACUGUCACCGGAAAUGGCAUCAUAUUCCUCCUUAUUAUUCUGGACCAAAAACUUCACACUCCAAUGUAUUUCUUUGUCAGCAAUCUCUCGCUCUUGGACUUGAGUUCCAUCACUGUGACCAUUCCCAAGAUGCUUGCUAAGUUCUCAGUGCAGAAUGAUGUGAUCGCUUAUGUGGCCUGCUUCCUCCAGAUGUAUUGCUUUAUCUCUUGUCAAGCAGUUGAGUGUCUUCUCCUGACUGCCAUGGCCUAUGAUCGCUAUAUAGCUAUCUGUUCUCCCCUCCAUUAUCAUAACAUCAUGGUCAGACGACUGUAUAUUUCCCUAGCUGUGGCGUCGUGGACAAUAGGCUUAGCUUAUCCAGUUGCAACAGCCAUACUAGCCUUUAGGUUGCCCUAUUGUGGCCUAAAUACCAUUCACCAUUAUUACUGUGAUCACCCACCGUUGCUUCAGUUGGCUUGUGCCGACACCUCACUCAAUGUGGCAGUAGGUUCUUCUCUUGGUGCCAUUAUACUUCUGUUAUGUUUCUCUCUAAUUGUGACAUCCUAUGUUCAUAUCAUUAGGUCUGUGCUCAAGAUAGCAUCAUCCAAAGGGCGUAAGAAAACAUUUUCUACCUGUGCUUCCCAUUUUGUGGUGGUGAACAUGUACUUCCUGCCUUUGAUCUUCAUGUAUGUUCGGCCAACUGCUUCAUACUCGGCUGAUAUUGACUCUCUGGUGGCCAUGUUGUACACGGUAUUAACACCUAUGCUAAACCCCGUUGUGUAUAGCUUACGGAAUAAAGAUAUUAAGAAUGCUUUCAGAAAACAAAUAAGUUGUACCUAAAAUGUACGUGAAUUCAAGUCAAUACAAAUGGGGUACAUGUUUCCUGACUUACCUAUAAUCUCUUCAGUACAUUUGACGUAAAGACGAUAAAAAAUAAAGGGUUCUGUGCAAUUUAUGUAAUUAGUAUAAUGUCUGUAACGGUCAGGGGUUAACACCGUUUACGAUAUUCCAUUCCACCAACCCAAGACAGCUUAUCCGACA